GCGGCCUCCCAAGACGUUGCUGCAGGCUCAGGGCAAGCGCACAGCUCGAGAACCGGCGGCAGCCAUGUUAACGAACGGAAACCGCCUCGCUGCCCUGAGCAUAAACACCAACGGAAUCGAAUUUCUCACCGUAAGCAUCUCAACGACAUCCUUCGUUAUUGUGAGCCUGAAGUCUGGAAAGCGCGUUUGAAAACACUCGUCUGCCACUUGUCCGCUCAAGCAUUGCCGUUAUCGUCAGCGUAUCGUGGAGCACCUCCCUGCGGCAUCUCGAAAGCGCAAUUGGUGGCUUGUGACGAAAGUGUUUCUGUGCAAACAUUGUGAACUUGAAACAGUGUUGUUCAGCGCCAAAAGGAUUACCCGUGACGUGGAAUCGCCUUUCGUGCCGUCAGCGAACACUUCUUAAGGUGGCGAUGCAUCAUUCGAGCAGGAGGAACCUGGCUGGUUAGAAACCCGAGGCGUGACCACGGCGCCCCCGCAUCGGCUGAACCUCCUUUGUCGUGCUGAGAUCGCCCAGAAUUAUGCCUUGUGCGCCUGGUGCGCGUCAGCAUGACCAACAAGGAGAACUACAAGAUUGCCGACGCUGACGCCCUGUUCGACGCCGUCCAGCUGUACAUCGACUCGACGCCCCCGUGCGACCAAAACCGGCUCUCACCGCGGCACGCGGUCUUACCCAGGGCUGCCCUCAGCACUGUGCAGGACUUCGUGGAAACCACGAUAGUGCUCAGGAAAGAGCGAAACGAGCUUGGAAUAAGUAUCACGGGAGGCAGUGAUACUUACUUGGAAGCCAUCUGCGUCAGUGAAGUACACAGAGACGGUGUCGCCUACCAGGACGGUCGACUCAAGAAGGGUGACGUCAUUCUCGCGGUGAACGAGCUGUCUCUGCGAGACGUGUGCUCGACGGACGCCGUGCGGGCUCUGAAAGAGGCACCGUCACCGGUGAGGCUCAUGGUACUCAGGGAGAACCCGCAGACGCUCUUCACCACCACCGAGAAGCCUUCCAAGUUCAUCACAGUAGAGAUGCGAAAAGCAAGCGUGAAGGACCGCCUGGGCAUCAGCUUCAUACAGAGAACAAAUGGACGGGGAGUCUUCAUAACGUACAUUCAACCGGGCAGCAUAGCAGCCCGGCACGGCCGCCGCGUCAUGCAGGGGGACCAGAUACUCGAGAUCAACGGUCAGAACGUGCGCGAAAGCAACCAGAAGGACGUCGCACAGAUGAUACACAACCUGGACGGUGCCAUCGUGCUGCUCCUGGGUCGGGUGCCAAGCCUGUACACGGCCAUCCAGGAGUGGGCCCGCAAGAAGGCACAGCAAAGCCUCCGAACGCGCACCUCCACGUGGUCCUCGUACACUGGAAACAACAAGGAGAAGCUGCAGAUACAGAGGCCCAGCCUUCCUCUGAGCAGCGAGAGCUACGUGGUGAGCUUGGGCAACUGCGUCACCUCCAUGCUGGUGGCCACCAGCUCCCCGAGCGGACCGGCCUCCCGGUCGAGAGAAGUGAGCCCGAGCUCUUCGCUGCGGCGUUCCCGGCUCAGCAUCGUCGCCGAAGACGUGCGGCCCUCGGGCGGCGUGGCGCGGACUACGUCGCUGGACGACGCCGCGGCGCCCAGUGCUUCCGGUGUGCCCAGCAUCAUGGUUACCAGCUGCUGAGAGACGGCGUCCACGUUGUGGCCCCACCUCGGCUUUUCUUUUGACUCGAGCCGGAAGACACGAACUGAGCUGUCAAGUCUCGCCCGAGGACUCGGCCUUUGGAUCCUUCGGGUUUCUUCGAAGCGAGACUCACUCCUCGAAGCUGCUUGAGGUACCGAGCCUUUCUGGUGACCUCUGUUGGCCGAUAUCUGAAGUAACCCAGGAUCACAAGAGCACCGAGGCCGCGAAUCAGAUUCGCUAUAGUGAGACUUCGAAACUCGUGACCUGUGGUGACUUUUUUUUUUUUUUCAGUGAACUUCAUGUGCAAGGGCGUGCAGCGUACCGAGGUAAAAGAAGUGUCCCUGGUUAAAUACGGCAGGUGAACCACCAGGUCCGCUUAGGAUUCACUCGGGAAUGCACGAGCGACCGAGGCAUCCACUGCCUCUUUUGUACAACUUUCAGUUUGGGUUGGAAAGGCAACGCUAACGUACGUCUUAGUCGGAGUUUGCUACCUAUUGCGGCAACUGCAGGCUUCGCAAAAGAUCGUACUAUUGUUCGCGGUGUGUCAGAACGCACACCGUUGCUACUCCUGGUGUCUUAAGUGACUCGGUUGGAGCACUCGGUGUAGUGCCGAGACUGAUGCACUGUUGCUUUUUUGUGGCAUCAUGCCUUUCCUGGCAACAAAAGAAAUGCCAUCGAUUCGGCAACAGGGGUUUAUGCGUCUGAGGCAGAAUCGGUCGUGCGAUUUUUCGAUUUUAGUGCUCGAGACACUCACACCAACAUUGGUAACAGUAACUAUUAUUUAAAUCACUGCGAUCGCGAUCAUGGUAACCUGCAACACCUGCGACUUGCAAUCUCUAAAGAACAUGUAUAGAACGUGAUAAAGAAAAUAUCCUGUGCACAGGCAAACAAACUUUUAUCAGUAUGUUAAAUGUAAGUGUAUUAUCAGAAUAAAACUCCCUUAAAUCAUGUUAAUGUGCACGAUAGCGUUGAAUAUCACCGAUGAGUUGAAACUAUGGUUCUCGAGAAUUCGCUUGCAUACGACGUAUCUGAUACACUACAAAUUAAACACUAUUUUCGAUGCACGUUAUCUCAGUAAGAAUAGUACGUAACUUCCUAAAUUUCAAAUCUAACGCUGGCCGACAAAUUUUCAUAGGCACAAUUUUCUUAAAUGCUCAGAGGUGCACGGGACAAUUUGUUAUGCUGACUUGUUGAAAUCGCAACAUCGCUUAAGCUCGCUCUCAAACCAAACCCGCCGUGUUCAAAGGUUACGAUAUUUAAGUGUUAAUGUUGUGACAAGAUCUCGUAACUUGGUUUUGAGGCUUCAUGAUCUAUUUGCAACUUCGGAGGCACUGAAUACAUUUUAAAAAUGUUUUGAAGUGCACUCAGCAUGAUGCACUUCCUCCUUCAAGCAAAUAUUUCGAAUAUUAGAGCUGCCGUUGUAUGGAACACUCUUGAGUGUUUUGCCGGAACGUUCCAAGUGAUGUGCUCGAUUGAUGUGUUUGUGGGUUAAUGUACCAAACGCCGUUCCCUUAUGACUGGUUGCUCGCACAGGAACGUCUGUACAUACCGCUGUUGCGAAAGCUAGCUAGGUUUACCGGGGGAAUCGAUAUGGAGUAGUUGGGAGCAAGAAGUCUCCGAUUACGCCAUUUCACCUUUGGGCUUUGCUGUGCGCAAGAAAACAAAAAAAAGUAAAGCAUUUGGCAUUGCAUUUUGGGGCAAAUUGUACAGCGUAAAUUGUUCAGCCGAUAUUUUUGACAGCACAUUUGACAGUAUAAUAAAAAUAAACACUCAGGCAUGAAUGUUAAGCACAUCAGGGUCGCAUAAGCAAAAGUUAUAACCAAGCCCUUCCCCAACAGAGUGUCUGUCACUCUCAGCUGACUUUCGGUGCACAUUACUUAAAUGAAGCGACAGUGAGAUUACCGCAUUAACGAGACAAAGGCCAUAACUUUCAAUCUGCGGGUCACAAUUGGAACUCUUUCUUCAAAUGCUGCAGUCUGCGUCUAGAGCACAAUCUUUUUUUUUAAUCUAGAGGUGCAGUUUUUGAAAAUGUCUCAAAUAAUUAUUUAUUUAUCUUUUUUUUUUCUUGCACACGGCUACAUCACGUCACGGUUCGCACUGCGCUUAUGCACUCUGUCAAUUUUCUCUGGUCGUCGCAAGUCGAAACAUGCAAGUCACAACGGCGCCUUCAAUAAUCCAAAUAUCGACCUCACGUACUUGUUACCCGUCUCGUAUCCCUUCAUCUUUAUGGCAGACAAUCGCUUAGCGAGCGCGUCGUCUUGCGUUGCUUUGAAACGAGGGAAAGAGUAAAAAAAAAAAACGUCGAAAGCGAACUUUUCAAAAAAUGUUCUUUUAAGUAAAAACGAAGACUUUUUUUUUUUUUUGCAUUUCCACGACGUCCAACCCGCAAACGCUGCUCGCUCAUCAGCAGUGUUAAGAGAGAAACGUCUUACAGUGUUACAAUACCACCUUCAAAACACCACAAUAACCCUUCUGCUCACACAGCGUGGAAUAGCAAAACAAAGACGAUCGGAGAACGUAGAAAAUCACGUCGAGCCUAACGCGGAGCUCCCAUUCACCAAGCUGCAACAGUUCUUUGAGAACUUCUCGGAAAAAAAAUAACGGGUGGUCUCUAGACCAUUUUCGGGAAAUGAAGGUUCUUGGACCAUGGCCGUACGCGUCGAUGGCAAAGAAAGCGACGAAAGCGUUGUUACAGUACCUGAAGUUUACAGGUUUUCACGACCGCGUGUAGACUCGGUGCGAACCUUCAAAUGUGCGCGAAACUGUGCUCUCUCCCUCUCCCGUCUCUCUCUUCAUCCCUAUACCCCCUUCCCCCAGUGCAGGGUAGCAAACCGGACGUGCGUUUGGUUAACCUCCCUGCCUUUCCUCUCUUUUAUCUCUCUCUCUCUCUCUCUCUCUCUCUCUCUCUCUCUCUCUCUCUCGGAAAAAGUCAUUUAUUGCGCUUGGGGCGUAAAUAUUCGAGACAGCAAGUCGCCUUGUCGUUCACCAUGCACGCCGACACGCACUUCCGAGUUGGGAUUUGGAUGCGUAAAACUUUAAGGUACACAUCGACCUAUUUUUACUAUGCACGUCUGACAAGACGCGGACGCGCUCUCAAAAUAACAGCAUCUUACUUGUGCUGCAAAAGAAAAUUGAUUCUGUGUGCAGAAUUCGGCGAAAGCAAACUGCCCACUGUCUGGCGUGAAAUUUCAUCCGCUGACAUUCGUAGGUGCUUUCAUACCAAAAAAAAAGAAAAAAAAGAAAAAACGUAAGCAUCAGCGCAGCGGGAUAUUAAGAGCUUCGUUUAUCAGGCUUACGAGGUCUUAGAGCCAGACAAAAUUACCUUCAAUUUUUGCCUAUUCUUACUCAUUCAUGCAAAGUUAAAGGUGAUGUCAUAAUGCGUUCGUCAUUUUACGAGUCAUUUGUACUUAAAAUCGUUACCCAACGUCGUCAGCGGCGAGCUUAAACUCCCACAGUUUGCACAGAAAUUAUUUGCACAGAACACAUAUACAAAAAUCACAAAUAGAAACGGGCUAGCAAAUGUCUCCUACAAGUGACACCACGCACACCGCUUGCAGAGGCGAGAAAGAAAAGAGAAAGAGCAAGAAAAAUAAAGGAAGGGAAUAAAGAAGACAUGACACAGUCGCACGCAGAGUACCAGCGUCACAGACAAAAGUCUAGUCCCGUGGUUGACAAAAAUUUCAGUACAGCUUCGUGAUCCUUAUAUCGAGUUCACGCGCGACCCUUCGGCAACAAUACAUCGUUAAGAGGUAGCUUCAGUUCGGAGGCUCCUAUGUAAAUAAAUGAGAAAGGAAAAAUCGUUUCCGUCGGCAACCACUGCACCAAAUUUGAUGAGGUUCUGCUUACGCGGCUGCUUCUGCGACGCAGAAAUUCAAGUACAGGACAGAUUUUUUGCAAUCCGCCCCCAAAGAAAUGCAGCCACCAUGGCUGGGGAUCAAACAUCCGACUUCGCGCUCUGCAGCAGGACGCCAUUGCCACCGUGACGUCGCGGUGGGUAGGCGCAAAUAAAUUUUAAUAGUGCGAACCCGAUGAUGUAAGGUCUAUAAAGAAUGCACGAGGUUGGUUCUGACUUUCAUUCAUUUUUUUUUGUCAGUAGAUUGAGCUUGUAUUUAGCCUUGACCGUCUUGCUCGCCGUUAUUCGUACAACAGGUUUCGAUGAAAGAGGAGUUGAUUGAGAAAGAGGAACUGACAGAGAAAAGGGUGAAGACGUGGAGAUUCGCAGAAAGGACCAGAAUAGUAAAUUCAACAGCAGUGAACUCCGCAGCACAAAAGCUGCACUGAUGAAAGCACUAUCCUCUUCCGUACAGAGAAACUUGCCAAUUACUCUCCGAUGACAACACACAGCACCUGAACGAGACUGCCAAAGACAAAAUAAGAAUUUUGCAGGGCCUUUUCAUCGACAAAGUGACCUCGCUACCCAAUAGAGCACAAGUUGGUACAAACAGAAGUAAUUAGUUUAAACGCUGCACGUUUCUCGACACUUCUUUCAACAGGAAUGUAGUACUAUACUCAUGAAGUUACAUUCGAUAUAAAGAUGUACACCGUUCGUAUAUGGAUGCCUCACAAAGAUGAGCGUUUAUGUGACGUCUUUUCAACGGACACAAGGGUUUCAAUCGCAACUAUAAAGACGACCGCACCAGACAACGACCAUCAUACGGUCAUUUUCUUUUUUGCGUUACACGCCAGUUCCCCAAGCAUGUAUUUACGACACAAAUGUUAUAUAGCUACUUGCUGUGUGAAAUGAAGUUUGACCAUUCAUUCGCUUCAUUUAUUGACUUCAGAAUGGAAACUCAAGAUAGGGCAGUCGCUAGGCAGCUGGUGAGUGGAUCAACAUCGCACAGCAGUGGGAUCGCGAGAUAUCCAUCGCCAUUAUCGUUUUGUGACGCCGCUCAAUAGCAGCCUCCGAGAUGACCAGGGACAGUGACCUUGAUCUUGGAGGCUGCAAUUUAAUCCUUUGUCGCGCUAGAUACACGAGGAUUGAAUAUUACGUAGCACUCCAGUGAGUUCUUGCUUUUUCCUAGAAGCUGAUGCAUUUUCUCUUGUUUGUGUCUGCGAGUAAUUAGACCGACACUUUUAAUAGCUUAUCCCUAUCUUGAAAGCAUAGCUGUCUCUUUACUAUCCUCCUUGGUCUGUCUUUUCCCACGCCACGUCAGUCGUGUUGCAGUGUCACUGUAUUGCUCACUUGUGUCUGUGUUGUUCAGUGCUCGCGUAGUUUGGUUGUGCCGUUUUUUGCAGUGAAACUUGUGUGCUUGUAAAAGCUUGUGUGCAGUAUAGCAUUUAUUAGUUGACUUAUCGAGGUGACAACGGUUCGUAUUGCAUCGAAUCUCCACUCAUACAUUUUUUUUUCUUCCUUUUUCUUGAAUUGCACUUCUCUUAGUUAAUACGUUAUGGUGCGUCCCCUCAAGGGACCAUGUAAUGAACAAAACGAAAACACCACGUAAAUUUUUGAAAUCAUACCGACGACAGUAUCUAGCCAAAAUAAUUUUCUUAUUUUUCUUUACGAUUUGUAUACCACUGCGCAGAGAGAAAUUAAUUUCCUUCUCCAGAGAGAGAAUCGUAAAUAUUGAAGCGGUUCCUCUUUGAAGUGGUUCAAAGCGCAAGCACUUAAAAUGAAUGCCGGUAAAAACAGUGCCUCACAAACAAAACAGUAACUCGCAACUCACGGCGUUGAAAACAAACAACUGUCAUCUUCCUACGCGUCGUCUAUGGCAUGUACUAGGCAUGCUAGCUAAACGCGACAUAUUUGUGUAGCUGUCUUUUGCAAACUGUGUUCAUCGCAAAACGAACAUGGCUGUUACAAAUUUUGUGAGUUGCGGUCCGUUUCGAGCAAUAACGCUUCCUCGGUUUGUUUGCGCGCAAUGCCGCUUUCGUUCUCCUUGGUCGCAAGUGCGCGACAUGUUUGGUGAAAGCGUUUAUCGCUUUCUGGUCUUGUAACGAAGUGAAUAAAGAAAUAUUCUU